GCUAAACCCAGAGGCGCAACAUCGCGAGAAUUUCGAGAACGCUUGCGAAACAGGCAAUCGACCAGGCAGGGGUUUGUGGUUUAAAAAGUCAAUGAGAGAAGUGAAAUCUAAAGGCACAAUGUAGAUUCGAGGCAAUGUCUUAAGUAGUUGAACAUUUUAUUACUCCAACCUCGUGAAAGUGACAAACGGACACGUUUUCAUUUUCGUCAAAAAACAACUUUAAGGAGUGCAUUUGAUUUUGACGGCUUGCAUAUGCGCAUUUCGGCGCGAGACGACCGUUAGAGCCGAUGGCGUUUUCUAGCAUGAGUUUAGCUAGCAACGUCGCCAUGACAUCGCCUACAAGUGUGAUCGGGGAUUUCUAUUGGAGAAGCAGUUUUAGCCUUUCUUCAUACUGUACUGGUUUUGACCGCAGUGUGUUGUGACUGGACAGAGAAUAUGACACCUGUUGGCCAGGCAGACACAGACAGUUGGCAGCAAGUAGGCCUUAAUAGCAGUAGGCCUAAAUCGUCUGGACCUAUUAAAAAAGGUCGAACUUGCAAAAUGGCUAGACAUGACAAACUGUACACAUGGAUGCGGUAUUUGAUGUUGCUGCUUUGUGUGAUACUUGUUAUAAGUGGCUUUGUGCUGCUGGGACUUGGCGCAUGGAUUAGAUAUGGAGCAGCUACAUUUGUGGAUGUCCUGGGCCCCUACUCGUCUCAGCUCAUCUACAUCAGCUACAUCUGUAUUGGUAUGGGCUCAGUGCUGUCUUUCACGGGUCUCAUCGGCUGCUGUGGGGCUUGGAAAGAGAACCGCUUCUUUAUCAUGCUGUUUUUCUUCAUCGUGACAAUGCUAUUUGUUGCUGAAGUCAUUGGGACUAUUUUUGUCUUGACGUACCGGAAUCUGGUUAGCUUAGUGGUACGUGAUGCAAGCAAGAAUUCCCUGAUGACUGUCUAUAUGGGCCCAGCGGCAACAGACCCAAUCUCAACAGCAUGGAACACAGUCAUGGUCAAGUUCAAAUGCUGUGGUUUUGAGAACUCGACUGUAGAUUUCAAGGGCUCUGUGUUCAGUACAACCACGGGUUUGAACUACCCUAAGACUUGCUGCGUGAACAAGACCCUUGCAGACUGUGACGGUAUCACCAUCACUCCAAGUCUGAUCCAACCACAGAGCUGCUUUGGUAAGGUCAUCACAGUGAUCAGAGAGCAGAGUGUCAUCCUGGGAUCAGCAGCUGGCUGCAUAUGUAUGAUGGAGUUAUCCUCCAUGAUCCUUGCAAUGGUUUUGUUUGUGAAGUUGGGGCUCAUGAGGCAUCCAUGGUGAAGCCAAAGGGUCCAUUCACACCUGGAGGACACCAACAACCCCCACAGGCAACAAUAAAGUUCUGCAAAAUGAUAAAAGUUUGUGUGUUUUACUUAGUUGAAAUUGUAUCUGUUAUUUUGGUUAUAUUAAAAUUUUUAUAUAUUUUUUUAAAGCUAUGUACUUUGUUUUCACUGGGAAGGGGAAACCUAGUCAGUUGUACAACUGAAUUCAUUCAACCGAAAUGUGUCGUCCUCAUUUAACUCAGCCCCUCUGAAUCAGAGAGGUGCGGUGGGCUGCCUUAAUUGAUGUCAUCGGCACCGAGGAAGCAGAGUG